GGUGGACUCUCAGCCUGGUGGAGUUUAUGGAUACAGCAAAGGAACCCACACCUAGAGUACUUCUAUUUUCUUUUUAAGCCGGUUUCUCUUGGCUUUUUUUCUUUUUGCCUCGUCGUUUGGUGAUAUGAAAUGCUGAGUUGGUUCCACGCAGUUAAACAGGAAGAGGGAAAACCACAGGAUUCUCGACUGUAAGUCUAAUAAAUGGGAAGAGGCACCUGCUGUGAACAGGCGAGGGUCAGCGGGAGACUCUAACGUUAGCACCGACCUGGACAUCUCUGUUUAUCUCUAAUCUGCGGGUUCAAAAGUACCGACUCGGGACUUUUAAGACAGUGGGAAGGUGUGGGACAGGGAAUAUCGACUAGCCAUGUCUUAUAUGGAUUAUACACCUUAAUGGAAACAUUUCCGUUCUCAACGCGGAAGGAUAAAUAAACAAACAAACCCCAGUGCUGAUGUUGUAACAGAAACAGAAACAUGUCCGUGAACGAACUCUUCACCAGGUAUACUCGGGUUUGGAUCCCCGACCCAGAGGAGGUGUGGAAGCCUGCUGAGAUUAUUAAAGACUACAAAGAAGGUGAUCCUGUCCUGCACCUUAAACUCGAAGAUGAAUCGACACUGCCGUAUCCUGUCGGUCCUAAAGAGAACCCGCUCCCAUUCCUUCGAAACCCUGACAUUCUGGUGGGAGAGAAUGACCUCACAGCCCUCAGCUACCUGCACGAACCUGCAGUGCUGCACAACCUCAAGGUUCGCUUCCUGGAGUCCAACCACAUCUACACCUACUGUGGUAUCGUACUGGUGGCCAUCAAUCCAUAUGAGCAGCUGCCGAUUUAUGGCGAGGAGGUCAUCAAUGCCUACAGCGGGCAAAACAUGGGUGACAUGGACCCUCAUAUAUUUGCCGUGGCAGAGGAGGCUUAUAAACAGAUGGCUAGAGAUGAGAAGAACCAGUCGAUCAUUGUGAGCGGAGAAUCAGGAGCUGGGAAGACGGUCUCUGCCAAAUACGCCAUGCGCUACUUCGCCACUGUCGGAGGAUCCGCCAAUGACACGAACGUGGAGGAGAAAGUGCUGGCGUCCAGCCCCAUCAUGGAGGCUAUCGGAAAUGCAAAGACGACGCGUAACGACAACAGCAGCCGUUUCGGAAAAUACAUCCAGAUCGGCUUCGACAGGAGGUAUCACAUCAUCGGCGCCAACAUGCGCACCUAUUUGCUGGAGAAAUCCAGAGUGGUGUUUCAGGCUGAGGAUGAGAGGAACUACCACAUCUUCUACCAGCUGUGUGCCUCUGCCUCGCAGCCCGAGUUCAAAGACCUGGCCUUGACCUCUGCAGAAGACUUCACUUACACCUCACUCGGUCAGAACAUCUUCAUUCCAGGGGUCAAUGAUGCUGUGGACUUACAGAAGACACGGGAAGCCCUGACCAUGCUGGGUGUGAAGGAGAACCAUCAGAUGAGCAUCUUCAUGAUAAUUGCCUCCAUCUUACACCUUGGCAAUGUGGACAUUGUUUCUGAGAGAGAUGGAGAGUCAUGCCACAUCACUAGAAACGACCCUCACCUGGUUCAUUUCUGCGAACUGCUGGGGAUCGAGCGGGACCAGAUGGAAAACUGGCUGUGCCGCCGAAAGUUAGCCACGGCAGCCGAGACCUACGUAAAGAACAUGUCCCGAGCCCAGGCUUCUAACGCCCGUGACGCUCUGGCCAAGCACAUAUACGCUCAUCUGUUCGACUGGAUCGUGGAGCACAUCAACAAAGCUCUACAUACCUCCUCCAAACAGCACUCCUUCAUCGGGGUGUUGGAUAUCUACGGAUUCGAAACGUUUGAGAUUAACAGCUUCGAGCAAUUCUGCAUCAACUAUGCCAACGAGAAACUUCAGCAACAAUUCAACUCUCAUGUGUUUAAACUGGAGCAAGAAGAAUACAUGAAGGAGCAAAUCCCAUGGACACUCAUCGACUUUUACGACAACCAGCCUUGCAUUGACCUAAUCGAGGCUAAGCUCGGUAUCCUGGACCUACUGGAUGAGGAGUGCAAGGUACCUAAAGGAACAGAUCAGAACUGGGCGCAGAAGCUCUACAGCCGCCACUCAAGCAGCGAGCACUUCGAGAAGCCAAGAAUGUCCAACACGUCGUUCAUCGUGGUGCACUUCGCUGAUAAGGUCGAGUAUCAGUGUGACGGCUUCCUGGAAAAGAACAGAGACACCGUGUAUGAAGAACAGAUCAACAUCCUGAAAGCCAGCAAGUUUCCAAUGGUGGCAGAUCUCUUCCAAGAAGACAAAGGAGCUUCUAGUUCAACAGGCAAAGCCUCCAAGAUCAACGUACGUCCCGCUAAACCCAUGCCCAAAAGCCACAACCGUGAACACCGCAAAACUGUAGGCACCCAGUUUCGGAGUUCCUUACAUCUGUUGAUGGAGACUCUGAAUGCUACAACUCCACACUAUGUACGCUGCAUAAAACCCAACGACCUUAAAGAAGCCUUUGUGUUUGACUCUAAAAGAGCCGUCCAGCAGCUACGAGCAUGUGGUGUUCUGGAGACCAUUCGCAUCAGCGCUGCAGGAUAUCCAUCCAGGUGGACGUACCCAGAUUUCUUUAACAGAUACCGGGUGCUGAUGAAGAAGAAAGAUGUGACUGCUGAUAAGAAGCUGGUGUGCAGAAACCUGCUGGAGACGUUGGUCAAGGAUCCAGAUAAGUUCCAGUUCGGAAAGACUAAGAUCUUCUUCCGAGCCGGUCAGGUGGCGUACCUCGAGAAGCUCCGAGCCGACAAGUUCCGUUACGCCUGCAUUAAGAUGCAGAAGACAGUGCGAGGAUGGCUGCAGAGGAGACGCUACCAGAAGAUACGCAAGUCGGUCAUCUUGCUGCAGAGAUACGGCCGUGGCUUCCUGGCACGCAGGUAUGCAGAACAGUUGCGUCUUACACGAGCAGCUCUUAUCUGUCAGAAGCAGUACAGGAUGGUGAGGGUCCGGAGUGCGUAUCUGGUCAUUCGCAAGGCAACGAUCACCAUCCAGGCCUUCACACGGGGCAUGUUCACACGCCGCCUGUACCACGAGUACCUGCUUCACCACAAGGCCAGUAUCAUCCAGAGAACCAUGCGUGGAUGGAUGCAGAGGAGGAAGUUCGUCCGUGCCCGAAACGCUGCGGUGGUGCUGCAGUGCGCUUACAGGCGCGUACAUGCCAAGCAACAGUUGAAACAGCUGAAGAUCGAAGCCCGGUCAGCAGAACACUUCAAGAAUCUCAACGUCGGCAUGGAGAAUAAGAUCGUCCAGCUUCGGAGAAAGAUGGACGAUCAGAAACUGGAGUAUAAGGUGCAGAGUGAGAAACUGUCCGUGGCCAACACCGCCUUGGUCACGGAGGUCAGCAAGCUGCAGAAGGAGCUGGAGACGGCACGCACUCGUAAAGGCGAGACUACGACUCUGAGCUCACUGCAGGAAGAGUUGGAGAAACUGAGGGAGGAGCUACAGGAAGCAUACACCCAGAGGAAGAAGCUGGAGGAGAAGCACAGCACUGAGAAACUGGGACUGGAACAGAGAGUCCAGGAGCUGGAGAAAGAAAACACUCUGCUGAAGGAGGAGAAAGAAGAGAUGAACCAAAAGAUCCUUCGCCAAUCACAGAGCUCUGGAGGUAAGGGCGGCAGUUUGUCUCAGAAAGAGUCUAGUCUCCAGGCCGAGCUGGAUGAUGAGAGGCUGCGCUAUCAGAACCUGCUGAAGGAGUUUUCCAGGCUGGAGCAGAGAUAUGAAAACCUACAGGAAGAGGCCACUUAUGCCAAAUUUGUUCCAGGCCAUCGGAGGAGCCCAUCUAUCCAAAGCAGCUUGGGCUCUGAUUCCACCUUCCCCUCCAUCUCUAUGUCUGAAGUGGGAGACACUGAGGACACCAUUCAGCAGGUGGAGGACAUGGGACUGGAGAAGGCAGCUAACGACAUCAGUGUAUUCAUGAAACUGCAGAAAAGAGUGCGAGAGCUGGAGCAGGAGAGGAAGAGACUCCAGACCAACCUGGAGAAGAUGGAGGAGCUCAACAAGCAAAAAGCGAACAGCUCGACGUCAGAGACAGACACAAAUGCAGAUCUGGCAUACAACAGUCUCAAGAGGCAGGAGCUGGAGUCUGAGAACAAGAAGCUGAAGAACGAUCUGAAUGAGCUGAGAAAAUCGCUGGCAGAUCGAGCCUCUGAGGACAGCUCAUCCAACGAACUGCAGGACAGCUACAAUGUUCUGCUCAAUCAGCUCAAAUCAGCCAACGAGGAGCUGGACAUACGCAAAGAAGAGGUUCUUAUGCUAAAAACACAGAUCGUCAGCAGUGCCCAGCCAUCAGAAAACACCAAUCACGUUAACUCCAACAACAUUACUGAUUGGGAAAACGACAAAAAGCCUGUGGACAAGGAGGAGGUUCUACAGGCCUACCAGGGUCUCAGUGAGUCCAAGAGUAAAAGAAACGACUGGUGUUAUUUGAACGAAGACGGGGAGCUUGGCCUGGCCUAUCAGGGGCUAAAACAAGUAGCCAGGCUGCUGGAGGCACAGCUCCAGUCCCAGAACCGAAAGUACAAGGAUGAGCUGGAAGCCCUGCACACGCAGAUCGAGGUGAUGAAGGAGGAUCUGGAGAAGAAGCAGGAGAUGCUGAAUCACUUCAGCUCCCUGCCCCCUGAUGCCCUGGUGGAGUUCAGCAUCCAGCAGGAGAUCACACGUCUCACCAACGAGAACCUGGACCUCAAGGAGAUCAUGGAAAAGUUGGAGAAAAAUGAGAAGAAACUUAAAAAGCAGCUCAAGAUCUACAUCAAGAAAGUUCAGGAACUUGAAGCAUCUCAGGCAGCGGCGAACCGGCCCAGGCUGGUCAGGCAGGUGACACUUCAGAGGAAAGAGAAAGACUUUGAAGGCAUGCUGGAGUACCACAAAGACGAUGAGGCUCUGCUGAUCAGGAUGCUUAUCACCGACAUGAAGCCCCAGAUGGUUUCUGCUACAGUACCUUGUCUCCCAGCAUACAUCCUCUUCAUGUGUAUCCGUCAUGCAGACUACAUCAACGAUGACCAGAAAGUGCACUCUCUUCUCACCUCCACCAUUAAUGCUAUCAAGAAGCUUCUCAAGAAAAACAGUGAAGACUUCGAGAUGACGUCUUUCUGGCUGGCCAACACGAGUCGACUGCUGCACUGCCUGAAACAAUACAGUGGAGAGGAGACCUUCCUGACCCAGAACACGUCUAAACAGAACGAACACUGCCUGAAGAACUUUGAUUUGGCUGAGUACCGGCAGGUUCUGAGUGACCUGGGCAUCCAGAUCUACCAGCAGCUCAUUAGAAUUGCAGAGAGCAUGCUGCAGCCCAUGAUCGUGUCGGCCAUGCUAGAGAGCGGCAGUCUGACUGGAGUGAAGCCCCUGGGUUACAGGAACCGCUCGUCCAGUAUGGACUGUGUCAGUGGAGGACCGCCAGGUUACACACUGGAGGCUCUGAUCCGGCAGCUCAGUCAGUUUCACACACAGAUGAGCGAACAUGGGCUGGACCCCGAGAUCAAUCAGCAGGUUGUGCGCCAGCUCUUCUACUGCAUCAACGCUGUCUCACUCAACAACCUGCUGCUGCGCAAAGACAUGUGCUCCUGGAGCACCGGCAUGCAGCUCAGGUACAACAUCAGUCAGAUGGAGGAGUGGUUGAGGGGGCGAAAUCUUCACCAGAAGGAAAUUAUGCUAACCAUUGAGCCCCUCAUCCAGGCUGCUCAACUGCUACAGGUGAAGAAGAAGACCUCUCAGGAUGCUGAGGCCAUCUGCUCCAUGUGUAAUAUUCUUAGCACACAACAGAUUGUGAAGAUCCUGAAUCUGUACACUCCGCUGAACGAGUUUGAGGAGAGGGUCACUGUGUCCUUCAUAAGAGACAUACAGAAUCUUCUACAAGGCCGUAUAGAGAACAACCAGCUCCUGGUGGACACAAAGCACACGUACCCCGUGCUUUUCCCUUACACUCCUUCAGCUUUGAGCCUGGAGACCCUGCACAUCCCUGCCUCUCUCAACCUGGACUUCCUCGGCAGAGUCUGACAUCUCUCUGCUUCUUCUGUUUCUCUCUCCCUGAGCUCAACCGAGUCAGCCUGAGAGCAGAGAGGAGAGCAAACCCCAUGCAGCACAGCCUCAGCAACCAGCAAACUAACACCCUGACCAACACCAUGACAAAGCUAGCGAGAGUCAUUCUGAUAGAAGAAUUACAGUGUUGAGAGGUGUUCAGAAAAGAUGUGGAAAUCCCAAUAAUUUCCUAUGAGCCAGCUUAUUAUCCUCUGGUUACUGUUUGGGGUAAAACAGGCAGGUUAUAAUGUGUGUAAGAGCUGAACUCCAGACAUCAUGAGAUAUUAAGUAAGCGUUAGUGCAGAUUUGUUUCCUUACCGUUUACAAGUUUGACUCCUCCUAAAUUUGGUCUUUACUUUCUAUGAAUUUUUCCUAGCUGCCAGGUUAAACCUUCCAAAUGAAGAUCAUUUUCCCUGACUGCAAUGAAUCCUUUUCUUUAUGCCAGAUCAGCCAGAAUCUAGCGCAGCUCUUCUAAUACACACUGGAGGAGAGUGAGAAGCCUGAGAGCAGCAGUUGUAUGGUGGUGCAGAGAAGAGGUCUAGGAGACAGGACAGGACAAGACAUCCCAGAUACAAACUAUUGCACAAAUGAUGAGAGGUAAAUGGGGAAAUUUGUAUGUGUUGAAAAGGUCUUCGCAAGUGAAAUGCAGGAAAUAAAGAGACUCUACUUAGAAUUCCAGAAACAAGCAGGUUUAGCUAUAACAUAUGCUUUUGCAUGCUGUCUUUUUUAUUAUUAUUAUUAUUAUUAUUAUUAUUAUUAUUAUUAUUUUUGUUUCUUUCUUUAAUUUCGUCAUGCUGACGAUCAGUUUUGGGAACGUUGCACACUUCCUGUACACACAUGCCAUUAUAUCGUGAUUCAGAUUCACGAUUUAUUCAGAUUAUCUCCAUUACCACUGAGGUAGACAGAACAUAAAUUUACUACCUAGCCCAUAGGGUUAGUAAAAUUCCUAGUGCAAAGCCAGUUUGUGUUUUGGUUACCCAGAAACCAACUUCAGUGGUAAGUGAGAUAAUCUAAUAACACAUCAGUGAGUUACAGCAUCAGAGUAUGCCACAUCAACGUGAAAUGCAUUAAGUUUACAGUCAUUAGGAAAGCCAGUUUCAUUUUCUUCAAAUCACAGGCUAAUUCCCACACUACUGAUUUAUUUACCCCUGAAUUUGGAUGAAUUUAUAGCAACACUGCAUGUGUCCCUUUCAGAAAAGGUGAUAUAUAACAGUGAAGUGCGAUAUAUAUUAUAUUAUAUUAUAUUAUAUUAUAUUAUAUUAUAUUAUAUUAUAUUAUAUUAUAUUAUAUUAUAUUAUAUUAUAUUAUAUUAUAUUAUAUUAUACAAUAUAAUUGUAUAAUUGUAAUACUUCAAAGAAGAUCCCUGAGAAAAAUACAAUAGCGUGACAAUAUUGUAAACCAUGCCAGAACAUUAUUAGAAAAUUAUUAAUAACUAAUCCUGUCUGAUAUAGCUGCAACAUGUUUCCUUUUUACUGUAUAUUUUUGCAAAAAUAUUUCAGAUUUUUUUUGUUUCCUUCAUACAUAUAUCUGUGCCAUAAAAACAGACAUGGUGUAAAUAGCACACAUCUGUCCAGGUCAUGGUUUAUUCUGUCUGUCUCUCAACUCUUAAACAGCAUGAUCAGGGGCUGCGGUUUCAUUAAAAACCACUUUCUACCCUUUUUUUAAAGGCAAUAAAAAUUAGAACAUUGUGGAUUUCAGUGUUGUUUUCACACAUUAUUAUUCAGAUGUAAAUAUAUAAUGGAUAUAUUUACAUUGUGAAUGUUUUAUUAUUAUUAUUAUUAUUAUUAUUAUUCACAGGUAAAAGGAUUUUACAGCAGACAUCAUCCCUGUGUGUUUAUUACUUUAUACAAUUUUAAUUUGAAGGUUUUGGGAAGGUUCAGUUCACAGCACUGUGAUUAAUACGUGUACAUUGUAAUCAGGCAUGUUUGUCAUCAGGCAUGUUUCAGCUAAAACGCUUUCAUACUGGAUGUCAUACUGGUUUCCCUCUUUCACUGAGGAUUAUCGUUGUGAUGUGUAGCUCUGUACCCCUGUAUGACUAACACUAACCCUGUCCACACAUAAACCUUCCAUCUGAUUGUGUGUCUCUCAUUACAUACUCUGAGAAAACUGUGUGUAUAUUUUUUUCAGGAAUAUAUUUUCUCGGGUGUUAUUUUUCCAGACCUCUUUCCGGCCACUUGUCAUGAAAUGUAAUAAUAAUGCCAUAGUGAUGUCUGAACAAAUGCUGUAUGAAUCUGUUCAUACUAAAGUCUCUGAAAUAGAAA